UCGAGUCGUACCGGCUUUUUAUCUGCGCUACACUGCUCCUAUCCGUGUGCAGGGUCCUGAACACUUUAACAAUCUCUUUCAUUAAGCAGAGCAUUUACAUUGUGCACCUUUUUGUUCAUAUCGGAGGAGUUAUAAAUAUCGGAGGUUUCUAAUACGGAACGAAAAAUAAAAUAUAUUAUGGAGACAGAAAUACACGUGCCUGUUGGCUCGCCCUCAAUCAGAAAAUUCCCCAUACACGUCGAUGAGCACAACGUUAAAGACGGGGCUUUAAAAUUAAUAAAAGAGCUGCGGCCAGGCUGGGACAUGGACCAGGUCAAGACCAAGCUUUUCACAGAAGGAACGACCAACAAGCUAGUGGGCUGCUACGUGGACGAGAGCCCAGAGGACAUGGUGCUGGUGAGGGUGUACGGCAACAAGACCGAGCUGAUUGUGGACCGUGACAACGAGCUGAAGAGCUUCCAAGUUCUCCACGCCAACGGCUGCGCUCCUCGCCUCUACUGCACUUUCAACAACGGCAUCUGUUAUGAGUUCAUGCAGGGAGACGCUCUCGGCACGCAGGAUGUCAGGGACCCCGUGCUGCUCAGACUCAUAGCUACAGAAAUGGCUCGCAUCCACGCCAUCCACGCCCACAAUGGCUGCAUCCCCAAACCCAACCUGUGGAUCAAAAUGCGCAAGUACUUCUCCCUAGUGGCCACAGAGUUCACCGACCAAGCCUCCAAUGCCAGGAUCCGAGAGGAAGUUCCCAGUAAGGAAGUACUGGAAGAGGAAAUGGUGUGGAUGAAGGAACACCUGUCUCAACUCGGCUCGCCCGUGGUGCUGUGCCACAAUGACCUGCUUUGCAAGAACAUCAUACACAAUGUGAAGGAAGGUUAUGUUCGCUUCAUAGACUAUGAGUACUCCAGCUACAAUUACCAAGCGUUUGACAUUGGGAACCACUUCAAUGAAUUUGCAGGCAUGAGUGAGCUGGACUACAAUUUGUACCCAAAUCGCGAGCUGCAGCUGGAUUGGUUGCACACCUACCUGAAGGCCUACAAGAGCUUCACCAAGAAGGGAGAGGAAGUGAGUCAGCGUGAGCUCGAGACCCUAUACGUGCAAAUCAACAAGUUCUCACUGGCAUCUCAUUUCUUCUGGGGCUUCUGGGCUCUCAUCCAGGCCAAGUACUCCUCCAUCGACUUCGACUUCCUUGGAUAUGCUGUGCUGCGCUUCAAUCAGUACUUCAAGACCAAGCCGAGUGUCAUGGCUCUGAAGAUCCCUGAGUGAGUGGAGACAGAAAGCUAAAGCUUUGACCUUGGAACUUGUUUGGAUGGUGGGAUGGUUCUGAGAUACAGCAAGGAUGGGUACAAGGCCAGAUCAUGUUCCAGGGUUCCUCCUCUGAAUCACAACUCCGGUCCACCUGUGUGUCCUUACUUCCGUGUUUCAUCAUAAAGCACUUCUCUCUUUUUUUGUUCCUUUUUUUUGCACUUUAUUCAUUUCUGGUUUAAUUAUAUAUUUAUUAUCGCAUGCAUUCAUCUAAACUUUUUUUGCAGUGGGCUUUAACAGUUUGUCUCUGCAAGUAUGUAACCAUUAACUUUGAUUAUUUUUGAAAAUGAGAGAGAGAGUCUUAGUAAAAAAAAAAAAAAAAAGAAA